CUAAUUGUUGUGAUAAACUUAUUAAAUAGUUGAAUUUGUGUUUUGCUUCAUUGAGUUAUCUUUCAACAUGUUGUACAGUGACGAAGCUAUUGUACAUGCCAUCACCAAUCCCAACGAGCCGUUUGGUUCUUCUAUACGCCUGGAUUCGGAAGUUAAAAACUAUAAAUCAUGCUCGUUUUGCAAGCCUUUCAACGAGGGCGAUGAGAGGUUGUUUGAACUUUUGAAUAGAGAACGAGAAGCCAUCAAACAAGCUGAAGAAGGUCAAUUGAAUGAUGCCUUGAAGACUCUAAACGACAUAAUCUGCGACCACAAGGACUACGCCUCAGCUUACAACAACAGAGCUCAGAUCAAACAGCUGCUGCAAGAUAGGGAAGGGGCGCUAGAAGACCUGAACUGUGCUAUUGGGAUAUCAAAGGGCAAGGGAGCUGUUGCUGCUCUGGCUCUAACACAGCGAGGAUGUCUGCAUCGAUUUGAAGGCCAUGAUGAUCUAUUCCUGAAAGAUUUGGAAGAAGCUGCAGCUCUCGGAAAUCCAAUCGCGAAGAAACUCGUUGUCCAGUUGAACCCGUAUGCAGCACUCUGCAAUGACAUGUUAACAGUAAUGCUGCAGAAGUGCGUCGAUGGAGAACAGAUGUACUCGUAGCUUACGGGCUUCCAUCUCAUCAAUUUUGUGUGAUCAUGACAAUGCUUUCAGUUAAAAUAUCAAGGCUUAUUUGAAAUGAUCUCGGGAAUUGUAAAGAAAUGAAUUUAUUUAAUUUAGAUAGAACGUUUUGUAAAACAUAUCUCAGGUUUUUCAUUUGUGAAAAAUUGUUUUUGGUUUGAAA